AUGUACGGGCACGUGUACAAGCUCGCCCAGAAGGUGGCUGAGGGGGUGGAAGCGUCGGGCUGCACGGUCAAGUUCUUCCAGGUCCCCGAGACGCUCCCCGAGGAGGUCCUGGCCAAGAUGGGGGCUCCCCCGAAGCCCGAUGUGCCCGUGAUCACCGCCGAGCAGAUGAAGGAGGCCGACGCGUUCCUGUUCGGGCUGCCGACGCGCUUCGGGUCCAUCCCCGCGCAGAUGCGGUCGUUCCUGGACUCCACGGGCGGCCUGUGGACGGCCGGCGCGCUCGUCGGGAAGCCCGCGGGCGUGUUCUUCUCGACGGGCGCGCAGAACGGCGGCCAGGAGACGACCGCGUACACGAUGGUGCCCUUCUUCGUGCACCAGGGCAUGCCCUUCGUGCCCCUCGGCUACCAGGCCGGGGAGGAGAUGUUCAACAUGACGGAGGUGCACGGGGCGUCCCCGUACGGCGCGGGCACGAUCGCGGGCAAGGACGGCUCGCGGCAGCCCUCGGAGCUCGAGCUCAAGGUCGCGGAGACGCAGGGGCGGACGUUCGGCGCCUUUGUUGCGCGCCUGCAGUGA